CGAUAGCGGAGCUGAGCGAGCGGCGCCGGCGCUGUGCAUGCCGGGCUCCGAUCAUGGUGGGCUCGCGCUAGAGGCAGGAAGGGCUCGAGCCAGUCCCCCCGGCAGCCGCGCGCCUCCCGAUCGGCGAGUCGCGGGGAGAGAAGACACCGAGCGGGAAGGGGGCUGGUACCCGCCGGGCGCUCGCUCUGUCCCGCACCGCAGCGCCCCGGGACCGCUCGCCGGAGGAGGGAGGGGGGUUGCCCCGGGUGCCAGCCGCUGUGGGGGGACGGGAGCGGACCGGACCGUGCCCCCCGCCGCUGCCCCCCGCGUGCCCAGCCCCGGGAGAUGGUGACACAUGAGGCGCGCUGGCAGGAGCAUGGUUGAAAGGACCAGCAAGUUCUUGCUGAUCGUGGCCGGCUCGGUGUGCUUCAUGCUCAUCCUGUACCAGUACGUGGGGCCGGGGCUGAGCCUGGGGGCGCCCAGCGGCCGCGCCCCGGCCGAGGAGCUGGACCUGUUCCCCACGCCGGACCCACACUAUGUCAAGAAGUACUAUUUCCCCGUGCGGGCGCUGGAGCGGGCGCUCGCCUUCGACAUGAAGGGCGAGGACGUGAUCGUCUUCCUGCACAUCCAGAAGACGGGCGGCACCACCUUCGGCCGCCACCUGGUGCAGAACGUGCGGCUCGAGGUGCCCUGCGACUGCCGGCCCGGGCAGAAGAAGUGCACCUGCUACCGGCCCAACCGCCGGGAGACCUGGCUCUUCUCGCGCUUCUCCACCGGCUGGAGCUGCGGGCUGCACGCCGACUGGACCGAGCUCACCAGCUGCGUGCCCGGCGUGCUGGACAAGAGGGAGAGCGCCGCGCUCAAAGCCCCCAGAAAAUUUUACUACAUCACGCUGCUGAGAGACCCUGUGUCCCGUUACCUCAGUGAAUGGAGGCACGUCCAACGAGGAGCUACCUGGAAAACUUCCUUGCAUAUGUGUGAUGGUCGGACACCAACCCCUGAAGAGUUGCCAUCAUGCUAUGAAGGCACAGACUGGUCAGGGUGCACGCUGCAGGAGUUCAUGGAUUGCCCGUAUAACUUGGCAAACAACCGCCAAGUGAGGAUGUUGGCUGACUUGAGCUUGGUGGGCUGCUACAACAUGUCUUUUAUCCCUGAGAACAAGCGAGCACAGAUCCUGCUAGAGAGUGCAAAGAAGAACCUUAGAGACAUGGCCUUUUUUGGCUUGACAGAGUUCCAGAGGAAGACUCAAUACCUGUUUGAGAGAACUUUUAAUCUGAAAUUCAUCAGGCCCUUCAUGCAGUACAACAGUACAAGGGCAGGCGGAGUGGAGGUGGAUAACAACACCAUAAGGAGGAUUGAGGAGCUCAAUGACUUGGACAUGCAGCUCUAUGACUAUGCAAAGGACCUUUUCCAACAGCGCUACCAGUACAAGCGGCAGCUAGAGAGGAUGGAGCAAAGGAUAAAGAAUCGGGAAGAGAGGCUUCUUCACCGGUCCAACGAGGCACUUCCCAAGGAAGAGACAGAAGAGCAAGGACGCUUGCCCACUGAGGACUACAUGAGCCAUAUUAUAGAGAAGUGGUAGCCUAGGCAGACUUUUAUACUGAAUAGGAUUCUUGGGUUUCCUGUUAAAAGAUCAUGGAAGUAAAAAUACAAAACCACCCACAACAGAUCUUUUAUUUAAAAGCAAGUCUGUAAAACAGAAGGUAGCAUUCUUCUUUAAACAAUGGGUCUUUUUACUGUUUCUUACAAGACCAGUGAAAUUCUUAAAAAAAUAAAUAAAUACCUAAAAAAAAUAAAAAAGGUCAACAUUAUAACUCAGAUUUAAAAA